AUGGGUGAAAAGCUGCAGAUCACGGUCUUAAGAAGGAAGAUCGCGAUCAGGAAGGGAGGACGUGAAGAAAAAGCUGCGAUCGUGGCCUUCAGCCUAAAGAUCGUGACCGCGAUCUUCAGAGUGAUGGGCGCAAACUUGGAAAGGCAGCCAACGAAGGACAAAAAGAGAGUUUCCCCAGUUGAAUCACGACCUCUGUCAUGCGAGCCCGCGAGAAAUAUCGCGGCCGCAACAUCAAGGAUCGCGACCGAGAUGUCAGGCCGCGAUCCUCCAAGUUCUCAACGCAUAAAGGUGCUCACCUGA